AUGACCUCAAUGUCACCGACGAGUGGCCCUAUCGGGUACCCCGAUCACUCCCCAGGUGCCGAGAGCGUCUCCCCCGGCCAGCCGGUCGCUCCCAAGAAUGUCGCAUUUGAACUUCUCUUCUUCGAUGCUCCUCAAUACCGUGCGCGCUUGCCCAUGCGAGUGCAAAUUUACCCCCAUGACACAACCGACUCGAUUGUGACGACGGUAAAGAACUUUUAUGGCCUCUACUCGGGUCCGACCGGAUCGAAGGGGGUCAGCUUUGAGGACAAAGACGGCAAUACUCUCAUUGCGCGGUAUGAAAACUUCCGCAACAACAUGAUUGUCUACGUCAGAGUCUUCGAGGAGUUCUCUACAGAGCCCGCUACAUACAGUCAUCACCCCUAUCAGUCCAGCGCUGCGGGCAGCCAAAUGUACUACUCUGGCAAUGGCUAUCCCAACCAGCGUUCGUCCCAUGAGAUCACCAGACCAAGCUCGAGAACUUCGCGACGACGAAGUCGAUCUCCUAGUGGCUCUAGGGGAAGCAGGAGUAACUCGGCUAGCAACUCCAGCCAGAAGCGUCGCUCCCGGUCAUCCAAGAACCGUACUGCACUCAGCCAAGCCGACUCGUAUAGCGAUCACCAAAAUGGCUACAGCAGCGGCGAAGAUGCCCCUAGCACCACUUCGGGCAGAGCCAAGGAGCUUCUUGGCACCACCGAUAUCAGCGUUGACAACAUUGUCGAGGGUGGCCGACGGAAAAGAGCCAAGUUUGAGAGCUCGGAGCUUCCUUUGUUUGCACCGCCCCAGAUGCCUGCGGCUACAUCCAACCCGUCCGUCUCGCCCGCCCGCCGAAUUGAACAGCAUCGACCAUCGCUUUCUUUCACCCCGAACGGCCACAACCCGUUCACCAACCCUCGCCCCAUGCAUAGCGCACAUGGUUAUGCCAAUAGCAUGCAGUCGAAUACAUACACACCCAAUGAUCAUGAUGGUCGCCGAACCCGCGCCAAUAGUAGUUUGAGUGGGACUGGUGCUAUCCUUCCUACACCCGACCCAACUGUCGGAAGCUGUAUGUCCGAGGAGGAUAAGGAUGUCGCUCUGCAAUUAAUGCGCCUUGGCGACAUGUCCAAUAUCUCCCAUGGUAGAACGUCGGCGUCGACACUUGACGAUACCUUCAGUGGCAAGGCCGAUGCUACCUCAUCCACCGGCGCUACCAGCGACGGUGCCAGUGAGAGUGAGGAUGAGCUCCCUGCUGCUCGUCGACAGAAGCUUGACAUGUCGGGCGCAUCGCGACUCAUUUACCCUACCACAGAAAUGCACCCUGUGCCCACUGCCAGCACAGAGGUUGACGAGGUUGAGUUCGAAGGAAACACUGAGGCAAAAUCUAUCAAGAACAAACCCGUCCCUAAGCUCAAGGCUUCUGCUAUUCCCAAGCCUGUCAAGUCUAUGAAAGUAUCGACGGCAAAGGCGAAGAAGGCGCCUUCUGUUCCUGGCGUCCCCAUCUCCCCUGCUUCGCAACCGCCAUCUCGCAAGCAAUCUGUCGUCUCAAGCACCACUCUAGGUGUGCAGGGUGAAGAUGAUCAGCCUGACCUGUCCACCAAGCCACGCUGCCAGCGGUGCAGGAAGAGCAAGAAGGGUUGCGAUCGCCAGCGACCCUGCGGACGCUGCCGCGACGCUGGCCUCUCCGCUGAUCAAUGUAUCAGUGAGGAUGAGGGUAAUGGCCGCAAGGGCCGUUAUGGACGACAUAUGGGCGUACCCAUCAAGAAGGAUGAAGCCCUUGCCAUUACUCAGCCUACACUUCUACCAGCUGCGCCCAUUGCUCCUUCAUCGGUAAUGACCGCAGACAAGGCUAAGAAGCGGAAGAGAUAG